AAAAAUGGACGAUUGGCCUGAAUGCACUAUUGCAGAUCAUAACAAAAAUAAAAUCAUAGGAUUUUGUACGCAUUUUAGAUGUAAAAGCAAAUAAAAAUUAUUAUGCUUCAAUUGUAUGACAUAAACUACCCAUGAUGAUCACAAAGCAUAGGAAGAUGGAGUAAUAGAAUUUAACAAAUUGCCAAAUUGGUUAAAUAAAUAAUAAGAAGCUACAUCGAAAUUUAAAAAUAUAUUAGAUUCUAUACUAGAAAAAAUACUUAAGCCAAUAUAGAUGAUUGAAAAGACAAUAGAUUCUUAACUAGAAAUACUUUCUGAAUAAAAUUUAAAAAACCUAACGUAUACUAGUCUUAAUGAUGCAAUCCGAAUUUAAGUUAACUUGGGAAUCAUUAUGGAUCUAUUUUCCAAGAGUUGUCUUACGAAAUGGUUUGAUAUACUUGGAGGAAUGCUAGAUCGUGUGAGAGAACUCAUGACAGAGCAGAAUAUAACUUUUAGUACAUGCUAGAAGAGAUUAAGUUCCAUAGUGAUGUAUUUGUUUGUUUAAAUUAGUCCAUUUUCAAAAACAGGAUCAAUUAAUUCUAUUUAAUUAUAAUCAAUAGGAAAUAACAACUACCCUUAAACUAAUUUGUAUGGAAUUUGUAGCUAAAAUUAAAUCAAUAAUAAUGUCUAAGAUACCUUCUAAUCGUUCAUGUAGUCUUUGUCCUAAAUAUAUGAUGAUAAUAUCAAUAAUAAAAUUGAUUUAACAACUGAUGCAACAUUCUAUGAUGGUAUCACUCAUAUUCAAUAUUAGGGAUUGAAUACUUAAUGGAAAGGGAAAAUGAAAAAGCAUAGAUUAUAUUCAAAACUCUUUCAAAUUAACCCCAAAAUAUGUAGGAUGUUUAACUUUGGUUAGGUUAAUUUCAAUUCUUUAUUUUAGCUUAUUGUGCUUACGUUUCGAAAUAAUAUGAGGACUCUAUUAAGAUGAUAAAGCAAUUAGGAUAAUAAGAUGAAGAAUAUAAAUAAAACCCAUUUUUCUGGUACAUCACAAGUAUGUAAUAUUUAAUGUAGCCAUGAGCGUGAUUGGGCUACGUCAUUCGAAUGAUGCACAAUAAUGUAUUUUAAAGUACUUGAGAUUACUACCUCGCAAUUUUAAGGGAUGGAUUUUGGCAGGUGAAUUUAAUUGUUAUUAAAGGAUUGAUAUUGAUAAAAAAAGGUGAGUAUGAAUUGGCAACAAAAUAUUUAUUACAUGUGCUUAGGUUGGAAAAAUAAAACAUUUAAGCAAAGUACUAUUUGUGUAUUCAAUUUAUUACUUAAUAAUAGGUCUGGCAUACUUAUAUACAAAUUAAUAGAAAUUAGCUGAAAGUUAAUAUUUAGAAAUUUAAAAAAUUGAUCCAAAAAGCAAAUUUUUAAAUGAUCUAAAUGUAUAAUUUAAAUAACAAAGAAAGAGUUGAUUUAUUUAUUAAUAAAAAUAUGAAAGAAUAUAUCGAGUAUUUAUAGGGUCUUCUUCAACAAAAUAACAUCUAGUUUGAAUAGGAGGAGGAUUUUGCAUAGGGUAAACUGAAUCAAAUAAAUAAUGAAUUUGGUUACGAACACAUAAACAGAUACAAAAGAUAAAUGAUCCUUUCUGAAAUAGGAUUAACUGGAUAGUAGAAGAUUCAUCUUGCAAAGGUAUUGAUUGUAGGUGCUGGAGGUAUAGGAGCUCCUGCAAUUUAUUACUUGGCAGGAGCAGGAGUUGGAACAAUAGGAUUAGUUGAUGGUGACAGUGUAGAUGUUUCUAAUUUACAUCGUCAAAUAAUUCAUAAUAAUGAUAGACAAGGAAUGAAUAAGGUAUACUUCAACAUCUAUUGUAGUGCGAAUCAGCAAAAAAAUAAAUUAAUUAGUUUAAUCCUUUAGUGAAUGUUAUUACCUAUAAGCAUAAUUUAUCAUCAGAAAAUGCAAUUGAAAUAUUUAAAAAUUAUGAUUUAAUUUUAGAUGCAACCGAUAAUCCUGCUACAAGAUAUUUAAUAAAUGAUACGGCAAUUUACUUAGAUAAGCCUUUGGUAUCAGGUUCUUCGGUUGGUUGGGAGGGACAAAUAACAGUUUAUGGAAUGUAGGGACCUUGUUAUAGAUGUUUAUUUCCACAAUGUCCUAAGACUGUUUAGAAUUGCAAUGAAGCGGGAGUAUUUGGAGUUAUGCCUGGGUUGAUUGGACUCAUAGAAGCAUUAUAAGCAGUGAAAAUAAUUAUUGGACAGUAAACUUUAUCAUAGAAGAUGAUAUUGAUUGAUGGAUUAAGAGAUGUGUAUAAAGUAGUCAAACUUAGAGGACAAUAAAAGUACCAUUAUUAAUUAAUACUUAGGGAUUGUAUUGCUUGUUAGAAGUAAAUAAAAAUAAGCGAAUAUGAUUAUGCCUCAUUUGCAUAGACUAUUUGCAGUACUCCUAUUCCUUUUAGAGGAGGAUAUAAAGAAAUAGAAUGGAAGGACUUUCUCCAGAUCUAAAAAAAUGAUAAUGUAGUACUUUUAGAUGUCAGACCAAGUUCGUAGUAUAAUAUAAUUAAAUUGGAUGGAUUCAAAAAUCUUCCAUAUUAACAGAUUGAUUAAUUUUAGGUGGAGGAGAACAAGGAUAAGGAGGUUUACAUUAUGUGCAGAAGAGGCAACAAUUCCAGGUUGGCAUGUGAAUUUUUAAAGGAUAAAAUACCCAAUGUAUGUAACAUUGUA